ACUAAUGUGAUUUAAAAAAAUUUUGUUUGACAUAACAUAACACAACAUAAGAUGCAAAUAAUUAGGAGUUACAGCAGUAAACUGCUGAAACACAAGUACAUAUACCAGCCGAAGGCAUACUCCUUGUACUACAGUACACUUAAAGAUGCGGCUAAGGAACUCCCGUUGGCCACUGGUUAUCAACCAAAACCUGUGGAACAGGCCUAUUGGGAACGGGAGAAGCGCCAGGCAAAUCUACCCACAGCUUCAUCCAGUAGUUGCAAUCGCGGACCAUAUCGCAUGCUUCUUCCGCCUCCAAACGUUACCGGUAAUCUCCAUUUGGGCCACGCUCUGAUGGCCACUGUGCAGGAUGUGAUUGCUCGGCAGCGCAAACAACUUGGCUACCAGGUGGACUGGGUGCCAGGGACUGAUCACGCGGGGAUUGCAACGCAGGUGGUCGUUGAACGCACAAUUGAAGCUUCUCAGGGGAAAACUCGGCAGGAUCUUGGACGCCCGGCUUUUCUUGACGCUGUGUGGCGUUGGAAAGCAGAGAAGGGAGCCGGCAUUGUCCAGGAUCUCCAACAACUCGGCUGCAAGCUUAAUUGGGAGCGAGAGUACUUCACAAUGGAUGAACAACAGGCUCAUGCGGUUAACGUCGCUUUCGAGCGACUCUUUGAAGAGGGUCUCAUCCACCGGCGCAACUCGCUGGUCAACUGGUCAACUGCUCUGCGUUCCGCUAUCUCGGACAUCGAGGUUGAUUUAAUAGAUAUCAAAGAACCGGUGGAGAUUUCUGUUCCGGGCUACGAACACAAUGUACUUUUUGGAAGAAUAUACGAUUUUGCCUAUCGUGUCGUGGAUGGCGAAACAUUGCCCGAUGGAUCGUUUGAGGAGAUUGUAGUAUCCACCACUAGACCAGAGACGAUCUUGGGAGAUGUAGCUGUCGCAGUACAUCCGCUCGAUCCACGGUACACCAAGUACAGAAAUAUUAACGAAGUAAAACUAAAACAUCCCUUUCGUGACGACACUAUUCCACUCGUUUUUGAUAUCUCCGUGGAUCAGGAGUUUGGCACCGGAGCAGUAAAGAUCACGCCUGCACAUGAUAAGUUUGAUUUUGAGCUGGCUAAUCGCCAUAAACUUGAGCCCAGACAAGUAUUCAAUGAAACCGGGCAUGUAUUGGACACUUAUCCUGAAUUUAACGGAAAGCCGCGUUUUGAGGCAAGAGAACUGAUUGUUAACCGACUGGAGGAUAUGGAACUACUACGCCAGGUGCGGUCCCACAGCAUGCAGUUGCCCGUCUGCUCGCGCUCCAAGGAUGUCAUUGAGUACAUGAUCUUGCCGCAGUGGUUCCUUAAGUGCAAGGAUUUGGCAAAGGAUGCCCUUUCAGAACUUCAUAGUGGUCGGUUGCAAAUCCAGCCUUCAAAUUUCGAAACGGAGUGGGAACGCUGGCUGCAAGACAGCCGUGAUUGGUGUAUAUCCAGGCAGUUGUGGUGGGGCCAUCAGGUGCCCGCCUACGAAGUAAUCGAUUCGAAGGGCAACAGUCAAUGGGUUGCUGCCGUUAAUGAGAAUGCAGCCAAGCAAAAAGCCAAGAAACUAGUUGGCAGCGAGGAAUUCACUAUAAAGCGGGAUCCAGAUGUGCUGGAUACUUGGUUCUCCUCAUCGUUGCUGCCCUUCUCUACGGCCGGUUGGCCGAAGGAGAACUACAAGGAGCGGUAUCCGCUGGACCUGAUGCAAACUGGUCAUGACAUACUAUUCUUUUGGGUGGCACGCAUGAUGAUGAUGGGUUUGAAACUUACCGGCGAGGCCCCCUUCAAUAAUAUACUCCUAAAUGGUAUUGUGUGCGAUGCCCAGGGUAGGAAAAUGUCAAAGAGUCUUGGCAACAUAGUUGCCCCUCAGCAGGUGGUACAAGGAGCAAGUUUGGAGAGCUUGAAGGCUGGUCUUGAGCAAUCCUGCGAGGCGGGUAUCAUUAAGCCUGCUGAGUUAAAGACUUCUACGGCUGGAAUGACCAAGAUGUUCCCCAAUGGCAUUCAAGAGUGCGGAACCGAUGCGUUGCGUUUCACACUGAUGAGCCAUAAUAUCAAGAGCCACUUCAUCAGCUUUGAUGUAAACGCGUGUUACACUAACAAGCUAUUUCUUAACAAGAUUUGGCAGGCAAUGCGCUUUACUUUGGGGUCUGCAAAGACACUAGGAAUCUCGCUCCAUCAGUUUGAGACGCUUGAAGGCGUGAGUCUGGGCAUGUGGGAUCGCUGGAUCAUCGGCCGUUUGGCAGAGACCUUGACCAUUUGCUCGCAGAGCUACAAUACAUACAAUUUUCACUUAGCUACAGCUGCCUUAAAGAAUUUUUUCUAUCAAAAUCUCUGUGAUAUUUACUUGGAAACUAGUAAAACUGCAAUUGCAAGUCGAACCGCUAAUGCAUACAUUCAUGUGGGUACCCUUACAGCUUGCCUCAGCUGGGGCUUGCAGGCAAUGGCCCCUUUUACUCCCUUCUUGGCUUCUGAACUGCUGCAGCAUCUUCCCCUUAAAAUCGAACUUAAACUGUCUGAUUACCAGGACUCUAAGCUGGAGGAAGAGGUUAACGAGAUAGUAAGCAUCUGCCAGAACGUGCGACAGGUUAAGAGUCGCAACGAGAUCAGCAAGCGCCACCAGCCGCGUCUCAGUUUAUUUGCCCAGAAUACGGAUUCCGAGGGUGUACUUCGUCGCCACCUUUCGCAGAUUCAAGUGCUUACCCGCUGCGAAGGCGUGGAAUUGGAGCUGAUGAAUGAGAGCUCAGAGAUUUCGAAGAAACUUAGCUUCUUCUCAACGGCAGGAGCCCUCUGUUCCUUUGGUUUAAAGUUGAGCGAUGGAUUGGCCUUGACGACGGAGAAACGCGACGAAAUGCAACUGGCCAAUAAAAAGAAAUUAAAGAAGCUUGUCAAUGAGCUGCAGCGUUACCGCCUGCGUCUGGACAACGAAGCCUUCCAGCUACUUGCCGACAAGGCUGUUAAAGCCCAUUUCGAAAAUAAGGUCAAGGAACUAGAAGCGGAAAUCAACAGCCUCAUGAGGCUGGCAGCGUGAUCCUAAUCCAUAAUUGAUUUCAAAAUCUGUUAAGAUAAUACCUUUGUUAUUGUUAUUUAAACGGCUAAGUUGUCUGUUUGUUUUAGAAUAAAAGACUGGAAUAUAUGUAUAUUAAA